GCUGGUUAUCAGCAUAACAACACCCAGAGACUAGCCAGACAGCAGAAGGGCAGUGUCUUUAACAGGUUAUUAAAGCAUUAUCCAGAAACAGCUCUCAGCUUUGGCAGUGAAGGUUGAAGCUAAUCCUUUAUAAUCAUCAUGACCGGAACACCAUUGGUGUUGAUGAUGAGUAUGCUCUUCAUCCUGUCUGUGGGUGCAGAGGAUAAAUCACUGCUCUACCGGAGGCCAGCAUGUGGAGAUUUGAGCGGAAAUCAAGCGUGUCCUCUCAACUAUUCUCCUAUUUGUGGAAAUGAUGGCAUCACAUAUGUCAAUGAAUGCACCCUGUGUGUACAGAGAAUGCACACUAACACAGACAUUCUGAUUGUGAAAGAAGAUCGGUGCUGAAAUGGACAGACGUAAAUGACAUCAUCUGCUUUUUUAUUUUUGUUUGUUUAGAAGAGUGUAUUGCAUGAUGACCAAUAUAUCUACGUAGAUGUGUGAAAUUAUUCAGUUUGUUUUAACCUAAGGACUUGAAGUGAUUAAAUGUGUGAUUAAAAAGUUUAAUCCAAUUGAAUGAACUGUUAAUUUACAUUUAGUAAAGAGUUUUAUUAGUUUGGUUUUAUAAUGAAGGUUUAUAGUUAGGGUUUUCCCCCCUAAUUUUUCAAAGUGUAAUGGUUUUAAGAAGGAAGUG